AUGAUGUGGUGUGGGUUCCGCCCAUCGGACUCGCAGUGCCCUUCGACCUGCGGAUGUCCAGAGGGUGUUGCUGCACAAGAGAGGCGCUGCCGCUUGCAGUUCAAAGUGAAGGAGGCACUCAUCCAACGACAGCGCCUCGAUCCGGCUCCCUUCUUGCAAUGGAUGUUUGGCAAGACCGAAGCAGUCUACGUCGAACUGCAAGUCCACUCUCCCGGCAGCGAGGCCUGGAGGACCGACCCUGGCCAAGCGCAGACCAUGCACGAGGCAAAGACUCAGGCUCUCUGGGCGCUCGAAGAGAAGUUUUCCUGGCGUGCAAGCCAGGACUUCGAUGCCAACGCUCCGAAGAGCAUUGUCGUCUUCGAUGAUCUGUCGACGUUCAGCGAAGUAGAAGUGAGACUUCUCUCCUGUGAGGCGGAGACAGAGGAGCUACUAGGUGAGGCGCUCCUAAAGGUGGACCAAGAUGUCGAGGACUGGGUGGGCUUGGAGGGUGAGCUCGUGGUCCCACUGGUGCGAAGUAGCCGUGUUUGUGGCUAUGUGAUGUUCGAUGUCAAGCUCAACUGCGAUGGUGGUACAAACCCACCCAGGCGGUUGCCCCAGGAUGGGAAGGGGCUGAGCAUGCUGGCGGUGGUGGGCAGGCCCGCUCUGAAACUUCCCGUGGAGACGAGAAGGCUGCUAAUGGACGAGGAGGUGGAGGAGAUCGUUCCGGACUUUACAUGGAAAGACCGGGCACUAAGCAAAGACUUGGAUGCCGCCUCCCCACGUACUCCGCAAACGGUGGUGAAGGAUGCGCAGUCCAUGCGGACGAGGACACCUCCUGGCACACCGCAUGCAGCACCCCCAGCAAGGGGCCAGCCUAUGGCUACGAACUUUACGACCAAGGACUUGGCUCCGCGGCCCCUACCACAGAUGCCGGAAGACCCAGUGGAGGAGGCCGUGCCACUGCCCAGCCCCGGUGUGCUUCAGACAAGCGCGGAGCUCAUUCCGGGCCUUUCUGAGCCACGCGUGAACGCGCGCUUCGCUCCGAUAGUCAUCACCACCAUCACUACCAUCAUCACUACCGUCGUCACCAUCAGCAUCACCAUGACAGGGGACAUGACAACCGAACAGGACCGGAGCACUGUGGGGACAUGCAGACUGCUCGCACGCUACGCCGUCGAAAUUGGUAACAGCGAGAUUUACCACACCAUCCAGGACACCGCCUGGGCCCAGGCCCUUGUCUGGCUCGGCUCCAGGGCCGCGCCCUCUCGGAACGCCACAGGGGCAGCGUGCUGA